AUGUUGACCGCGCUGUUUCUGUCAACACUCCUGAUGCUGGGGGGUCUCGGAGGGGCAGCAGCAUCUGACUUGCAGGUCUAUGGGAAAUCCGUCCACAGUGAUAACACUUUGAGCAGAGGUGAUGGAGGACGCACUGCCAGGAAACAGCCACACCUGCAGACAAAAGGUGAAAUCCGCCGGAGUUUGGAUCUCGGGAGCUUCAACGUACAAGUGACCCCCACCACCAGCAAAAUCAGCCAACCGGCCAUCGUCAAGCUCUACCCGCCCACCGCCAAACCCCUCCACCUGCACGCCAACAUGCCCAUGCGCUUCGGAAGGGAGAACAAUCCUGGUGAUGACAGGAGCCCAAACUCGACCCCCAACAUGCCGCAGAGGUUUGGAAGGUCUUGGGAAAUUAUUCAAAUGUGUGCCGAGUGCCCUGGAGCCCGAGAAGCGGCGGUGUCGCCGCAGAGAUUUGGGAGGAACAGUCUGUUCUGGAGCCUUCUCAAGACUCUGGCCAAUGCACAGUUAUUGAACACUGGUUUGCACUGGGCUGAAGAUUUUGACUUUACAACCAUCUCAGAAGAGUUGGAGAUGCAACAAGAAAGCUUUAAAGGAUGA